AUGGCAGACCCAAAGCCCCUUAAAGGAAAGGUUAUACUCGUCACGGGGGCGGCCCAAGGGCUCGGGGUAGCUAUAAGUGACUACAUCGCGGCACGUGGUGCAACUUUGUCUUUAGCAGAUUUGCAGAUAGACAAGCUCAACUCCUCGGCACAACGUAUCUCUGAAGCUUACCCCGAUAUUCAAGUGUCGACAUGGACUGUGAACGUCACGGACCCAAAGUCCGUCGAGGAAUGGGUCAUUGCGUCAAAGGAGAAGUUUGGAAGGAUCGACGGAUGUGUUAAUAAUGCUGGAAUCCUUGGUGACGGAAACCAGAUAACGGAGAUGAGCUACGAGAACUGGUCUCGAGUCAUUGAUGUCAACUUAACUGGCAUGUUUAACUGUCUGAAGUUCCAACUACGCGCUAUCGUAGAUGGCGGUAGCAUUGUGAACAUGUCUAGUACUUCCGGCAUACGCGGGACUCCUAUCUUGCCAGCCUACGCAGCUUCUAAGCACGGGGUCAUUGGUUUGAGUAGAAUAGCCGCUGCCGAGCACGCGCACCGCAAUGUCCGGGUUAAUGCGGUGUGCCCGGGCUUCGUGGACGGGGGAAUGCAAGACACGCUGCGCAAGGACAAGCCUGAGAUAAACUUCGCAGAAUACUCAGUGCUAUUAAAAGAGUACUUACCAAUGACUGAGGUGGCUGCAAUGGUUGGAUACCUCUUAGGCAACGAGAGCAAAUUCAUCACUCGCGCGAUUCUUCCGGUUGAUGGCGGGAUGAGUGGAUGA